CAAGACACUUGAGCUCAGUGACAAUACAAAGCUCCCCGAGGAACGGUCCUGGCACUCAAAACUCAAGUUGUUGCUGGAACAGCGCAGAAGAAUUGGAAUCAUGGCGGUCACAAACUUCCACUACAUUACCCGGAUGAGCAGUGGCUUUAAAGUGUACAUCUUAGAGGGUCAGCCCAAUCUAAGGAGUGAAGACAGAUUUCGCCAUAUGACCAGUGACAGGGUGCGAAUGCUCCCCGCCAACCCAGUAAAGCGCAAACACAGUUCAGACAGAGGAUGGACACUUGAAGAGAGAAGAGAGAGGGCCCAUAGUAAGAGUUUGGCCAACAGUGCUCGGAGAUCAUCUGGUUUCAGUAUUCCUGAAAGCCCCACAUCCACAUGGAGCCCCACAGCCAGUCCCACUCACCUGAUCCCCAGCACAGUGUAUUCCACCCCAGUCAUGGAUGAGCCUCUGGCCCUAAUCAAGAAACCCCGCCCAGAACCAGAGAAGACUGAUGGCCAAACCAAAGCCACAACAGUCAGACAAAUACAGAUACGACCCUCUGUCAUCACAUGUGUCUCCUCUGCAACAAGGUCCACAAAAAAAGCCGAAGAUUGCUGCAAAAAUUCUAAUAAAGUUGAUACCCAGCACAGUUAUGACCACGUCGAAGAGCAUUUCCAGAGGAGUCUUGGGAUGAACUACCACAGAGCCACCUCCAUCAGCGUGUCUGUUGAUGACCAUUUUUCCAAGGCGCUGGGUGAUAAAUGGCUCCAGCUCAAAGCUUCAUCCUCCUCCUGCAACUCCUCUUCGUCCUCUUUGUCUUCCUCAUCCCCACCCAGCAGUCCAACCUUCAUCCACUCGCCCAGCUACAGUCAGAGUCCCAAAAGGGCCCACAAAGAUUCAGUCAGCCCUACUACAACCACACCCUGGUCUGACAAAUGAAGAAGAGAGAGAAUAUGUACUGUAGAUAUGACAUGAUGUAUGUAGAACCUUUGUGUAGGCCCAUGCUUUUCUGCUGUAAAAAGCCAAAGGAUGAGUGUGAUUCUGUGAAAAAGGAGGCGGGUCGGUGAAUUGAUGUGAUGUUGCAAUCAUCAUUAACACUCCAUGAGCAGAUUGUGAGCCAGGACUAUUAAAUCUCCCUUUAAGUUUAAAUGUGUUUUAACGGGAUUUCACGUGGAGAUAUUUAAUGUCCACUUCCAGAGAAUCAGAUCAUUUCAUGGUAGCUAAGCAUUGUUAGAGUUGGCUUUGUUUUUUUUUUGGUUUUUUUUUUGUAAUUGGUUUUGUUGGUUGAGCUAAUUGCCUUACACUAUGGGUGCCACUGUUUUUUAUUUGUUGACUGUGAUUGCACUGAUUAUUGUUAGUAACAUUUCAUUUUUCUGUAAUCUUUGCUUUGAUACCACAUGCAUAUUUAUACCAAGAUCUUGUAACCCAAAUGCAGCACUGAAAAAAUACUAGGUCAGAAAUUUUAAUUAAUUGCAAAAAUGCUUGAAACAAGAGGUGGGUAACUGUUUGGCAUCUCUAUUUGGGCUAUAGCUGUUCAUUUCAAAUUCUGUUUAGAUUUUAUGCUGUAUUAUAGCAGGCUAUUGUACAUAUUUGUAAUAAACAAGUUGUUUGCAGAAUUUGUUGUUUUGUGAAUAAGCACAGAGCCAACAAAUAAAGUAGUCCGACUGGCAUUCAGUCAUCAA